GGGCGCGGUGCGAGCAGGCUGGUGUCAUCGAGCAGCCGAGGCCAGGGUCGGGCCGGGAGCGCAGGAGCAGCGCCCCGCGAGGAGGGAAGAUUUGUUCUUCGUAUUGUAUACUAAGUGAUUGAAUUUUGCUGCUGACUCCAUUUUGGUAGCGCGAUGAGGUCCUAUACUUUUUCUCAAUGUUUGUCAGGUUUAACUCCAGCCAUGGAUUCCCAGUGGAGGUUGAUUCGGAUGCCAGCAUCCUCCAGCUGAAGGAGGUGGUUGCCCAGCGACAGGGAGUUCCAGCUGACCAGCUGCGGGUGAUUUUUGCAGGGCGAGAGCUCAGCAGCGACUUGACUCUGCAGAACUGUGACCUGGUACAGCAGAGCAUCGUUCAUAUUAUUCAGAGACCACAGAAGAACAGUCAGAGCAAUGAUGAGACAGAAGAGAACUCUGCUGGGGGCAUUCUAAAACACUUGGAAAAAGAACCAGAAAGCCUCACACGCAUUGAUCUCAGCACCAGUGUCCUCCCAUCUCACUCUGCAGGGUUGGCUGUUAUUCUGGAUGCUACAGAAAACAGCACUGCCCUUUCCUCUGAAAAAUCAGGUGCAGCUACUUACAACAGUUUUUAUGUUUUCUGCAAACAUCUCUGCCAUGCUGUGCAACCUGGGAAGCUGAGGGUCCGCUGCAGUCUGUGUAAACAAGGAGCACUGACGCUGGCAAGGGGUCCAUCUUGCUGGGAUGAUGUGCUGAUUCCCAACAGGAUAAGAGGUGCUUGCCAGUCCGAAGGAUGCCACGGAAACAUAGCGGAGUUUUACUUUAAAUGUGGAGCACACCCAACCACUGACAGUGAAACAUCUGUGGCUCUGAACCUCAUUACAACCAACAGUCGCUGUAUCACUUGUAUAACAUGCACAGAUGUUAGGAGUCCUGUGCUUGUGUUCCAGUGCGUGCAUCGCCAUGUCAUUUGCCUGGACUGUUUCCAUUUGUACUGUGUGACUAUGCUGAAUGAUCGUCGCUUCAUCCACGACCCAGACUUCGGCUACUCCCUCCCUUGCGUAGCUGGUUGUCCAGACUCCUUGAUUAAAGAGCUCCAUCACUUCAGAAUACUGGGAGAAGAACAGUACAACCGCUACCAGCGCUAUGGGGCUGAAGAAUGCGUGCUGCAGAUGGGAGGAGUGCUGUGUCCAACUCCUGGCUGUGGAGCAGGUUUGCUUCCUGAACCAGGAGUGAGGAAAAUCGUAUGUGAACCAGGCAACGGAAUAGGCUGUGGGUUUGUGUUCUGUCAUGAAUGUAAAGAAGAAUACCAUGAAGGGGAAUGCAGCUCUCUUCUCAGCACACAGGGAGCCCAGGCCCAGAAGGGAUACCUAGUUGAUGAAGAGGCAGCCAUGCGAGCUCGGUGGGAAGAGGCAUCUAGAGAAACAAUCAAGAAGACAACUAAGCCAUGUCCCAACUGCAAUAUUCCAGUUGAAAAAAAUGGUGGCUGCAUGCAUAUGAAGUGUCCUCGGCCUCAGUGCAGAUUUGAGUGGUGCUGGAAUUGUGGCCUGGAGUGGAACAGAACCUGUAUGGGAGACCACUGGUUUGAAUAGUGGUGCUGAGGCCAGCCCAUGUGGCUGCUAAAGGUUGUUUUCAUCAGGGCUGAUUUCUAAACUCUUUGCUUAAACAAAACUCAGAGCGGUUUCAGGGACACAGAGUUCAGAAGGUGACUCAAGUUUGCUGGCUUUUUCUUUUUGCAUAUGCAGUCACACCAAAAGCACAUGGAAGGGGGUUUAAUCCCCUAGAUAAAAGGCAUCGUUACCUUAAUGGACAGACUUGCUCAUCAUGGUACAAAGAAGGGUAAAUUACACCUCCCUGGACUUGUGCAGUCUGGCAGCACUAAGGGCAGAUAGGGUUACCAUAAGAGACAUUGCUUGACAUUUAUAGGCAGGAAUUGGUAACUCUUGCAAAAGCAGCCAGAAUAUGCGUGUGAGCACCAAGGAGGGAGGAGGAGGAGGUUCCUUGCAUCAGCUCUUUUUUCUCUGACCACUGCUUUGGUCAUUCAGCACAAAUUUUGAUUUUUUAGACAGUAUUUCUCAACAGCUUUUUCUGGCAGAGGGAAGAUUGUGGCUUUUUGAUGUUUUCUCUGGGUUCUUUCCUGAGUGGCUUUUUGUAGAGAUCUUGCUUUCAAUCCAAACUCUCAUAGAAACAGUUGGCUUUAUGCCAUAUUUUAUGAUUGUGUAUUUGUCACACAUGACACAAAAUCUGCCUGCUUACUCAUGGUAGACUUUGCUAGCAUUGAAAAAUUAGCUAAGGAGAUGCAGUUUCAGCUCUAACCACAGCUGCUGUUGCAGUGGUGACUGGAUCCAAUUAAGUGUUGCGCAAUCUAGACUCACAGGGUUUCAUUUCAAUUCUGCUUAUGCAAUACUUUGGACACAGCAAAGGGAAGCAGGAGGAGACUUCUCAGGGACAUUCUCUUGAAGGUAGCAAGGAUAUGGAUAUAUUUUUGAGCAUGCAUUCACAGCUGAAAUGGUGUGGGACAUUGUACCUCCUAUCUUUUACUUAACAAUGUCAACACAGUAAGUAAAUCUCAUUGCAUUUCCAAGCCUGAGCAAUCUCUUUGUUAUGUGUGCUUUACACUGCUGUGUUAUUCUGACUUGAAAUGGGUACUGUCCACAUCCAGCACGAUACGUAAGGAUCUGCACAAUUGAGUUUGGGGGGAAAUACGCACAAUAAAAAAGUGGUUGAAAUUGUAA